AUGCAGUCUACAACUCACAAUGGCCAGGAUUUAUGGCAGAGAGCUUUCGAUUCUCUUCCAGAAUCUCUCCAAGGGACCCUUAAGCAAGCAAACGACUGGAAACUUGACAAGCUCCACGCAGCACUCAAGGUUGCGGAGGACAAGCGACAGCUCUCUUUUAAGAAGCGAUGGAAGAAGAAGCGGCCGGGGGGCGGCGAAGAUAUCAUCAUAAGAGAUAUAAUGGAGAAGAUCGUCCAGUGGAUUCGUCGUUUUCGGGAUGUUGGGGAUGUAAUCGUUCAGUACGAUCCUGGAUAUUCUGCUUUGCCUUGGGCGGCAGUACGCUUUUUGCUACAAAGCGCUAUAAAUGAUAUAGAUGUUCACACUGCAAUGGUCGAAGAUCUUGAGAUGGUAACGAGACUGUUAGCGCGAUAUGACCAAGUUGAACGGCACUACCUCGCGCAGUUUGGUAAUUUAUAUGAUCAGUUUAGCGACACUAUUGUCGCUGUCUACGCCGCUGUGCUCGACUUAUUGGGCAAAGCUGUCGAAUACUUUAAGGAAACGGCUGCUGAUAGGUUCUUCAAGGCUCCUUUUAGAUCGGUCAACGAGGGCAGCAGAGACCAGAUCUUGGCAAAAGAUGCAGAAUUAGUCAAGCUUGCAAGCUUAGCCGACGCUGAUAGACUGGCAAAUAUUGAGACGCAAGUGCUUCGUAUGGCUGAUCUCUCGCUUGUGGCUCUGAAGCAGGUCGGGGAAAAUUUGUAUGUGGAUGUGCUUCGCUGGAUCUCUACCCUCGAGUAUCCGCGUUACCAUGCCGAUCAUAGUACCGCAAGGUCUCUAGGUACAUGCCAAUGGCUCUUGCAGCACUCCGAAUUCCUAACGUGGGAAUCGAGCAGUACUUGCUCACUGUUCCUGUUAUAUGGUAUACCAGGUUGUGGUAAGACCAAACUGAGCUCGGCCGUCAUCGAUAGGUAUCUAGAAGCGGCGGUGAAAAACCCAAACUCGGUACCCGUUGCGUACUUCUACUGCUGUGACUCUCAUGCUGAAGAGGAAAGACGUACGACAAAUGGCUUGCUAAGGUCGCUUGCGCGGCAGCUUAUCGCGUUCCAUUCUCAAGGGCCCUCGAUUCACAGUGCGGCCAUGAGUCUGUACGGGCGCUUGACCGAUGAGGCGAAGGAACAAGGAUUUUUAGCAAAGAGCCCAAACACGGCCGAAUGUAUCGAUCUGAUUCUCGCCGUUGUCGAUGACAAUCCAGUUACUAUCAUCAUAGAUGCCAUUGAUGAACUAGACCACCCGAAGGAAGUUAUGGACGCUCUUCAGAUCAUUACGCAGAAGGCAGGCAACGUCGUAAAGAUAUUCGUCACGACUCGGGAAAGCGCAAGUAUAAUGACAAUACUUUCCACUCAGCAUAAGAUCCGAGUUACAGCAGAGACAAACAACGCUGAUAUGAGACGCGUUACUACAGAGGCGGUCGAUAAGGCUGUCAACAAUUGCGAGUUGCUCAGUGGUAGAAUAUCGCAGUCACUGAAGGAUGAAAUCAUCGAUGUUUUGGCCUCAUCUGCUGGAGAGAUGUUUCUUUUGAUCAAAUUUCAGUUGUUACGACUAAGUAAUUUUGAACAUGAGGAUGACGUGCUCGCUGGAAUGGCGAACCUCGCAGACUCCACUCUGGAAGCUUUGUAUAAGGAAGCGUACGACACAAUCCUCAAGGCCGGUGACACAGCUAGAGACAUUGCGAUUCACGUUUUCUCUUGGCUACUUUAUGCACAAGAAGAACUAACUCUAGAUGCACUUGUUGUGGCUAUCAAGAAAAAGCAAGUGAGUAUUGAUCGCAUUCUUGCCAUUUGCCGCGGCUUUGUGUAUUUCGAUGGUCAGUCGAAAGUAAUUCGAGUCGUGCAUCACUCAGUGCAAGAGUUUCUGCGCUUGCAACAGGCCUUACAGGUAGAUAAGGCUCAAGAACUUUUAGCAAUGAGCUGCCUGAGUAUUUGUCAGGACCCACCGGGGGAGGAUGUCACGAAAUUGAAACCUUCCGAUAGAUUUUAUGAUUAUGCCGCACUUUACUAUGGUAAUCACUGCUACGCUGCACAGUCAUCUGAUCAGCAUGAACUACUAUUUGAUGAGCUGGAAGACUUUCUCUUUGGCAGCGACUCGCCAUAUUCGCCGGCAAGACUCUGGCUGGAUAGCGUCAAAACUGCCUAUGACUCUUUGCCUAACGAACAUCCGCAGAAGACUGCGAUGGAGCUAGUCUCCGCCGAGGAAUGCGCUCCUUUGUUUGUCAUUUGCACGUUUGGUCUAACUAAAGUGCUGCAACGCCAUCCGUGGCCUGUAGACUUUGACUGGGACCAGCAGAAUGAUUACGGUCACACGGCACUCUAUGCAGCAUGUUAUAAUGGCCACACUGAUGUUGCAGCAUUUUUGAUCGAUCGGGGUGCGAGUGUCAAUAUUCAAUGCGGUAGACUCGGAUCUGCUUUACACUGCGCGGCUUUUCGUGGGAAGUUUGAUAUCGUGAAAAUGCUUAUUGACCGCGGCGCCGAUCUUAGGUUUGGGGGGAAAUUCGAUAGCGCCGUACAUGCAGCUUGCCGGGGCAACCACGAAGAGAUUGCUCUCGCAAUCCUAGACAAGGAUGUUAUACUUUCACUUGCCGAGUUUGAUUCGAUCUUGGAGGCAGUCUUGGRGGUUGGUUUCCCGSGAGCCACUGAAAAGCUGUACAACCUCCCUUGGCGGAAUGCCCCGACCCCAAACAUGGGUAAGUGA